AUGGCGCACAAUAGCAGUAGCAGGAGAAGACCUAACAUACUGAUAACCGGAACGCCGGGCACCGGGAAAACGACGACGUCGUCUGCACUGGCGGAGGCGACGCAGCUCCGGCAUAUCAACAUCGGUGAACUGGUGAAAGAGAAGAAGUUGCACGACGGAUGGGACGAUACCUUGGACUGUUACAUCAUCAAUGAAGACCUUGUAUGUGAUGAGCUCGAGGACAUGAUGGAAACAGGUGGAAACAUUGUUGAUCAUCAUGGUUGUGAUUUCUUUCCUGAACGUUGGUUCGACAGGGUUGUGGUUCUUCAAACCGACAAUACUGUCUUGUAUGAUAGAUUAAGUAGAAGGGGUUACACAGGCCAAAAGCUCACCAAUAAUAUCGAAUGCGAAAUAUUUCAAAUUUUGCUAGAGGAGGCAAAAGACAGUUAUCCAGAGGAUAUAGUUGUGGCACUGAGAAGUGAUUCUAUUGAAGAUAUUAGCAAAAAUGUGGAGAUGAUGUCCAAUUGGAUCAGCAGUUGGAACCCAGUCGUGUGA